AUGGCCACCCCGCGCCGCAACGCAUCUGGCAUCAUCCUCGAUCCCAGCACCUCCCAACGAGUCAUCCCCCAGUCCAGGCGCCCCGAUGGAACCCUAAGAAAAGAACAGAAAGUGCGACCUGGCUGGACACCGCAAGAAGACGUUGGCCUUUUCCGUUCCGCCCGCAGAGCUGCUAGAGAUCCCAGCUACGCCGCUGCCAAUACCCAGCUCAAUACCCGCGCAUCCAUCCCCGGGUCACGUCCACCUCCCUCCCGCACACAGACUCCUACACCAACAGGCAAGGAUACAGACGAAGACGAUUUGAUUAAAGCCAUGUCGAACGUCAAAUUGGAUCAAGGAGGAAAGAAGGAGCAAGUCAAGACGAGUGAAGAGGGGUUCCCGCCUCUGAGAGGGACUGGGGCGCCGAUAGACCCGGUCAAGAAGGAGAACGAGACGGAGAAUGGGUCACCGUCGACUGUUGCUGCUAUCGAGCCCACCCCUCCUGGGCCGUCGAAACCUAGUGACCCAGCGCCCGUCACUUCUCAAAAACCCGACAUCAAGUCACCAUCUCCGCUUGCGACCAAUCAUUCUUCUCCCAGCGAAAACAAGGGGAGCCCGUCCGUCAUUACCGACCGCGCAGCGGAAGUGAAGCGUCCUAGUUCCAGUCAACAGCCACAACGCGUUAGCGGGCAGGCCAAUGGGCAGGUUCCUCAUGGUAACCAGAACCAGGCCAGAAGUGGUUCUGGAGCUGCAUCGGGGUCGUGGCGCUCGAAUUGGCGUCCUUCUCCUCCUGCUCAGCAGCCUGCAGCAGGACAGAGUGAAAAGCACACUGCGGUGCAGGGUGAUGGAUGGGGCGAGGCAAAGGAAGAUAAGGCUGAGAGGAAGGCAGGAGGUGGUCUGGUCGAGGAUAUCAAGAAGCUGGCAUAA